UCUGGAGAUGCCAGUCACAGUGGCCGGCUCCGAUUGCCGCGAGCCGUGUUUCCCCAGAGUCAGGCUAGCCUGGCAGCAAAGUUUCCCCACAGAACCAAAGUCACCCGCCGGUAACGCCACCAGAUCCGUCCAGCGGCGGAGACAGCCUAUAUGGAAAGCAACCACUGGUAAUUGGGUACCUCCACUGUACCGUUGCAGCACCAUACAGCCGCUGCUCCAUACAAACGCCGACGGCUUUUCUCCAGAAGCAGACCAAAGACCGAGGUAGAGUGUGGCGGGCGCGUACUUGCAUCUCGCAUCCUCCUCUGAGCUGCAACCCCUCCAUCAACUAGCAAAUCCAUUCAUCAUGAGCAGUGCGGCCGAAAAGCAGGACGUGAGCUACACGCAAUUUGCCUGCAUCGGCACAGGCUUCUCAGGCAUAGGCCUGGGAGCUACGAUCAAGCGCUGGUAUGGUAUCACCGAUGUACAGCUAUUCGAUGCCGCCGACAAUGUUGGCGGUACUUGGGAAGUCAAUACAUAUCCAGGCUGCGCUUGUGACGUGCCUGCUGUUCUGUACAGCUACUCUUGGGCACCCAAUGCCGACUGGUCGACCGUACUCCCACCCCAGAAAGAAAUUCAAAAGUACUUGAUAGGCGUCGCGCACAAGUAUGGGCUUCUAUCGAAAAUCAAAUACAAUGCGACUGUCAAGCGCUGCGAGUGGAUCGAGACAACAUCGCGCUGGCGGCUAACCAUCCAUAACACCAAAACGAACCAGGUCUCCUACCAUGAAUGCACCUUUCUCUACAGCGGAGUUGGCAUCUUGACAGAACCUCAAAAGUUUGACGUUCCUGGUGUAGAAACAUUCGCGGGAGAUAUUGUCCACGCCGCCCGCUGGAGACCCGAUGUCUCCCUCAAGAACAAGAGGGUUAUCGUCGUUGGCAACGGCUGCAGUGCUUGCCAGAUUGUCCCCGCCAUCUUGGACGACACCAGGAGCGUGACCCAGUUCAUCAGAUCCAAGCAUUGGAUUAUCCCGCCCCUGGAGAUCUCUGGCCUCAAGGUUCUUAGCUUUCUCUUCAAAGUUGUGCCUGGCCUUCUCAAGUUCAUGCGCUUCAUGAUCUUCCUCAUCGGCGAAAACGCCUGGCGCGGCUUCUACAUGACCAAGACGGCGGCAGCAUUGCGCAAGAAGAGAGAGGCCGACGCCACUGCUUACAUGAAGAGGGCAGCCCCCACAAAGUACCAUGACUUGCUCAUCCCCGACUUCCCCAUCGGCUGCAAGAGACGCAUCUACGACCCGUACUAUCUCCGAGUGCUCAAGUCUGAAAAGAUUCACCUUACCGACUCGCCCAUCCUCGAGGUCGUUGCCGAAGGUGUUCGAACCAAGGAUGGAAUCACAGAGGCGGAUGCCAUCGUCCUCGCCAUUGGCUUCAAGACGAACGGCUAUUUGACCGGCGUUGAGGUGGUUGGAAGAGGCGGCAAAACACUAGAACAGCACUGGGAGGCUGCAGGUGGUCCAGGUGCGUACAACGCAACCAUGUUGAACGGAUUCCCCAACUUCUUCAUGCUUCUGGGUCCCAACACUACGACCGGCCAUACCUCUACCAUCAUUGCGAUCGAGAAUGCUGUCAACUACUCUAUGCGCGUCAUCAAGCCCAUCAUCACUGGCCAUGCCUUGUCCAUCGAUGUCACCAAGGAAGCAGAGGACGCCUACACCAACGAUAUUCAGGAGGCACUCAAGCACAGAGUCUGGCGAAGCUGCAACAAUUGGUACGAGCGAAAUGAAAACGGUGUUGUCCGCAACGCAUCAACGUACCCGUAUGCCCAGAACUACUACCAGUACCGUUGCACAUUUCCCAUCAAGAAAGACUUGAUAUACAAGGCGUCUCCCAACCCACCCCCAGUUAGCCCAGUAUAUAAGGCGGCAAAGGUGCUCUUCUGGACAGUCUCGCUCGUCUAUGGCGUCAAGGGACUCCAGUUCCUCCGAGAAAAUGAUUGGAACGUACAGACUCUGCUGAUUACACUGGCGGCCAAAGCGUACAUGGCCAAGCAUCGCGUCCAGUCCUGGUGGAAGUGAAAGUCAACCCAGAAUGGAAAUGUAAUUUCGUUGACAUGGGAGUACAGAAAGUGUAUAAGUUGUUGAAUGUUUUGCUGUAGCAGUUUUUAUAGUUGUGAAAUACAUAUUGCCUUUCUAAUGGUACAUUAAUACAUAUACAUUGUCGGUCCCCUUUUGGAAGCAGUACUUUGCUUAUUUCUCCUGCUUCGCGUCACCAGACACCAGCAAAACAACACUGCCAAGCUGGCGACGGACAUCCUCCUUGUGGACAUCGUGGGUAUCAUCAACCUCUCCCCACUGGCUAGUCUGCCAGUCUACCUCCAAGCUCGUAGCAAGAGCGGCUUCCUCGACGCCAAAUCUGGCAGACUUGGGAGCGGGAACGCCAACAGGGCCCUCGCUCCAAUCCACAACGAAGCGAGCCGCAGCCAAAAGACUCUUGCCUGCAAGCACGGCGCGCUCAAGACCAGCCAGCUCCCAGGCAUCAAGGCCCAUGAUCCAGCCCUGUACGAUCUCGCGCACACCGGCCUCCUGUGCGCGCGGCAUAAUGGAGUCGCCGUCUAGCACGGGCACAAUCUUGACGCCAGGCCAGGUGUGGGUAGUGAGAAACGCAAUAGUUUCUUCAGCGACCUGCUUCUGAACAUCGCGCAGGGAUUCGCCAGCAUCAUUGCGAAGAUCAAACUUGCCGGCUGGGGGCGCCCAGCACAGGAGCGAAUCGGUAUCGAGGUAUCGUAGGACUUGGGUGGUGACGAGCGUGCGGAUCUUAUCUGCCUCGGCAACGGACGAGGUAUCAUCCUUAGCAAUGUCAAUGGCUCGGCAGACUAAGCUGGUCAACGGAAUCAGGUGCUCCUUGGUAGCCUGCUGCGAAGAUGUCAACAGAUCCCACUCCAGCGCAAUAGCGGUGGCCAGCGUCGGCUUGGAAGUCGGAAUUCGGACGAUUUCUUUCGUGCUCGGGUGUCUAAGCGGUCGGGCGUCGAGGAAAACUUGCAAAACGCCUUUUUUUUUAAAAUGAUUAGCUGAGGGAUGGCUUUGCGGGUGGUGUACUGCACUUACCAUCUACCUCCUUGACGGAGACGUCUUUCCAGAAGCGCUGGGAGAAGCCUGUCUUGCUUCCAUCCUUGGCACUGCGGAUAUCCUUUGCCGUCUUGAGCAUCUCGGCCUGCUUUCUACGGCGGGCUACUCGCUCGUGGAGGACGGCUCUGUCGGGAACAGGCGCUUCGGGAGGUGGCCCCGUGCCGACAAUGGAGGCGACAUUGGCGGCGGCAGCGGGGGAUGCGUGAAGAUAUCGGAGGGCGCAUGAGCGAUUGGCCACUCUGGGCGCAAUGCGCAUCGUUAUUCGUGUCGCUGCCUGCAUUGUUGUUGGUGGUUUGGUG